GUUGCUGCAAAACUUUCCAGAAAUAUUCGAGAUUAUGACCCGAGCAUGGUUAGAAUGGAGUUCAAAAGAAUGUUAUAUCCGGAUAAGUUUCGGAAACGAUCAAAACAGCUGGAACUCUGGAAAGCGAUAACAUUAGCAUCAUAUUAUGAGAAGUUUAUGAAUUCCACAAGAUUACAUUGUGUCCGACAAGCUGUCAUCUAUAUGAAAGAGCUUGAUGCUGCAGCGAAUCGAAUUGAUUCCACCAUAAAGACUGUAAUUAGUCUUUAACUGAC